CAUCAUUAAUGGCCGCCCACGUCCAGGAUUCAGAGUUUCAGACAACCCAACAAAGUAACAAACUCUCCGUUCAUGUCCCAUAACAGUUACCGCUAAACCCAGACCAUUAACCAAAACCACGUGGCGUAUUAUUAUUGAACCAACGAAGCAACCAAUUGCCUUUCGCUUGCUUUUCCAACCAACUUUCUACACUUUCCUUCUGUCUUAAUUACACCUUCCAAACCGGAAUCACAGAUCCAAAUUCCCUUUAUCCUCCUCAAGUAUCUUUGACUAACCCAAAAUUCUUGCACGAUGGGGACGGAGAUAUCGGAGCCGUUGUUGCAUCUCGAGUCCAAGCAAAUUGAGGCCGUCGGUUCUGAGAGGGUCCCAGAAUGGAAGGAUCAGAUCACGAUCAGAGGGCUAUUAGUCAGCGCCUUGUUGGGUACUCUCUUCUGCAUCAUAACUCACAAGCUCAAUCUCACCGUUGGUAUCAUCCCAUCGUUGAACGUCGCUGCUGGUUUGCUCGGCUUCUUCUUCAUCCAGUCCUGGGUUGGUUCCUUAUCCAGGUUGGGGCUUAAUGUUGCUCCGUUCACCAAACAGGAGAAUACUGUUAUCCAGACCUGCGUCGUCGCUUGCUAUGGCCUCGCCUUUAGCGGAGGAUUUGGGUCUUAUUUGCUUGCAAUGGAUGAGAAAACUUAUAAAUUGAUUGGAGCUGAUUACCCUGGUAACAGGGCACAGGAUGUUAAGAACCCUGGAUUAGCGUGGAUGAUAGGGUUUUUGUUUGUUGUCAGUUUUUUUGGGCUUUUUAGUCUUGUUCCUCUUCGCAAGGUUAUGGUCAUGGAUUAUAAGCUUACAUAUCCUAGUGGAACAGCCACGGCAAUGUUGAUAAAUAGCUUCCACACAAACACUGGAGCUGAGCUUGCAGGGAAACAAGUCACUUGUCUCGGAAAGUACUUAAGCAUUAGUUUAGCUUGGAGCUGCUUUAAGUGGUUCUUCAGCGGUAUCGGAGAUUCAUGUGGAUUUGAUAAUUUUCCCAGUUUUGGUUUGACAUUAUUCAAAAACACGUUUUAUUUUGAUUUCAGCCCAACAUAUGUUGGAUGUGGUCUAAUUUGCCCUCAUAUAGUCAACGUCUCAGUUCUUCUUGGUGCUAUCAUCUCAUGGGGUUUCCUGUGGCCAUUCAUCUCCCAACAUGCUGGGGACUGGUAUCCAGCUGACCUGGGCAGUAAUGAUUUUAAGGGUCUCUAUGGAUACAAGGUCUUUAUAUCCAUUGCCCUUGUACUUGGGGAUGGCCUUUAUAAUUUAAUCAAGAUAAUUGCCAUAACUAUUAGGGAAAUGUGCAAUAAAAGCACCAAAGAGGUUCACCUUCCUACUGUCAGGGAGGUGCAAGGAGAUGGCGAGCCUUCCAAAUUGCAGUUGGAAGAGAGAAAACGAGAUGAAAUAUUUAUGAAAGACAGGAUACCCUCUUGGUUCGCAGUUUCUGGGUAUGUGGGACUGGCUGCAAUAUCAACAGCAACAAUUCCAAUCAUUUUUCCACCCCUCAAGUGGUAUUUGGUUCUCAGUUCGUACAUUAUUGCUCCUGCACUUGCCUUUUGCAACUCCUAUGGAACCGGGCUAACAGACUGGAGCUUGGCAUCAACUUAUGGAAAGAUUGGUCUUUUCAUCUUUGCUUCCGCAGUUGGAAAUAAUGGCGGGGUUGUAGCUGGAUUGGCAGCUUGUGGGGUGAUGAUGUCAAUUGUCUCCACUGCAGCUGAUCUGAUGCAGGAUUUCAAGACUGGGUACCUCACACUAUCAUCUGCCAAGUCUAUGUUUGUGAGCCAGUUGAUAGGCACGGCCAUGGGUUGUGUUAUAGCCCCAUUGACAUUUUGGCUGUUUUGGACUGCCUUUGAUAUCGGAGCACCUGACGGUCCGUACAAAGCGCCAUACGCUGUGAUAUUCCGGGAGAUGGCCAUAUUGGGUGUCCAGGGGUUCUCUGAGCUGCCCAAACAUUGCCUGGCCAUGUGUUGUGGGUUUUUUGUAGCCGCUUUGGUCAUAAAUCUUCUAAAGGAUGUGACUCCUAAGAAGAUCUCACAAUUUAUUCCUAUUCCAAUGGCCCUAGCGAUCCCAUUUUAUAUUGGAGCUUAUUUUGCAGUUGAUAUGUUUAUUGGGACAGUGAUAUUGUACAUUUGGGAGAGAAUAAAUAGAAAGGAUGCAGAAGAUUAUGCAGGGGCGGUUGCAUCGGGUUUAAUAUGCGGGGAUGGGAUCUGGACGAUACCAUCAGCAAUACUGUCUAUUUUCAGGAUCAAUCCUCCCAUUUGCAUGUAUUUUGGACCUUCGUCAGCAAGGUAACUGCUAGCUCUAGCUGUAUUGUAAAAUAUGUUUUUUCAUUUUAUUCUGUAUAUGUGUUGGUUGAUUAUUCAGAUGUGUCAUCCAUGGAUUUGACGAACUGAUAAAAGAAAUAGAAGAAAAAGAAAUGUAAAUAAUGUAAGGUUUUACAAUAUCUUAAUGGAUGGUGUACAAGUUUAUGAAUAAUUUAGUUUUUCCAUGUUCUAAUGGCCGA